AUGGAACUCCCGAGAGACCCUAUAGUAUACGGUCCCGAACUCAUCGAAGACUGGCCAGCCUUUGAAAAUUGGCGUAUCAUCGAGUCCAGCUCCUCGACAUCGACGACUCGCCCGGAUUUUAAUCACCUGCGAUCACACUACGGACAUCACGUGGUACAGGUAGCCAAUACGAAACGCCGGCAGUUCAACGAGUUUGAGCGGACGGAAAGGCCUCUGAAGGAUGUCAUAGAUUCUUGGGUAGCAGGAGAUGCCGAGGGCGACGGUCUCUACGUGAAAGAUUGGCACCUUGCGCUGCAGCUAGAAGACGAAGGUGGGAAGCAAGAGGAUUUCUACAAGACUCCCGAAAUAUUUCAAGGCGAAUAUCCUCUGAACACCUACUAUAACGGAUACACAGACGACUGGAUGACCCAUCACGCUCUAUCGCUCGACCCACGUAACGAUUAUCGAUUCACGUACAUGGGCCCAAAGGGAACCUUCACGCCGCUGCAUCGGGAUGUCUAUGGAAGCUACAGCUGGAGCAGCAAUAUCAUAGGGCGAAAGCGAUGGUGGCUCAUACCACCUGCUAUCAAACAUCGGUUCCAUAAGCACGCCGGUCCGCAUGGUCCCGGAGAGCCCGAGAUGCUUUUCGACCUGCGUGAGCUUUCUGAUCAAGACGCGCUUGAUGGCGUAGUGAUCAUUGAGCAAGCGCCUGGUGAAACCAUCCACGUACCCUCAGGCUGGUACCAUCAGGUCGAGAACCUGGAAUUCUGCAUCUCGAUCAACCACAAUUAUGCAAACUCUCAUAUCAUCCGGAACAUUUAUGAUAACCUUUUGGCUUCACUGUGUCGGGUCGAAGAGAGCAUAGCCGAUAUCCUGCCUCUACUGAAGCAAAGGCUAGGCAGCGAAAAGGCCUUCUCGUUUACCGACGGGGAGAGUCGCGAGGACAUUUUCUGUUGGGAGGUCGAAUGGGUCGACGAGGUACAAAAGGUUCUGGAGAUGGAUGCCGGUUGGGCGUUGGCGGUCUUCUGGGACAUGGUGCUGUACAACCUCGAAGUGAGUGACAGAUCGUCACCGCCUGCACCUCCCGAGUUACGCCCAGCAGAUGAUUACGUCGCGUCUCAGAUUCUGCCCAUCAUCUACGACUAUAAGAAUCGCCGCGAAUGGAAGGUUCUUGGCGAUACCAGAGCUACAGUGUUGAAAGCCGAGGCGAUCGUCAUAGCCAUGCAAAACGAUAUCUAA